CUAUCCUUCUCUAUCCUCCUCUCCUUCACCUACAUCCUUCUCUAUUUUCUUCUUUCUUUUUGGUUGGAUGGUGAGAACCCGAUUUGGGUUCUCAUUCUCCCAAAUCCGAUACAAUAGAAUAAGGAGUAUUGCGGCCUAAUUUUUUAAAUACAUUCUCCCAGAUCUCCAACCAAUAAUCUAACGAACUCCCUUCUUCCUUUUUUUUUUUUUUUUUGGUUCAUUCCUUAAAGAAACUCCAGCAAAACCCCAAAAUUUUUCACUCAAAAAUCCAAUGAAAAUCCAACAGUAAUACUGAGGGAUGAGAGAAGUGAUGGAUUUGGGAAAGAAGGGGGAGGAAUCCACCAAACCUUAAACCCAUUGAUCAAUCUCAAAUAUGGUCCCUUUGAACCCUAAACCUAGGUGCAUCCAUGGAAUCUUGCGAGCUCAGGGAUUUAGGUUCCCAUUUUCCUUCUUUCUACAAGAUUUGAGCUCAUGGAGAACCCAAACCUGGUUCUCCUUAUGAGAACCCAUCUGAGUUUUGAAGGAUUUAGGUGAAUUAGGGAUGAGGUGAGUGUUUGGCUGAGAUUAGAAUCAUAAGAGGAAAGAAAAAGUGAGACGGUGAUGAUGAACAAUGAAAGAGAGGAAGCAAUGGAUGAAGAGGUCACUGGAGGAAAAGUAGGGAGUGGUGAGGGGAUGAUCAGAGUUGAGACAAAGGAGUUAGAGUGUAAAGAUGGGGUAUUUAGAGUAGACCCUUCAUUGCACACAGAGUCCACUCUCCAUGUGGAGAGUAGACUCUACAAGGUUAAGAAUGGACUCCCAAAUUCUAGAGAGUAGAGUUGUUUUGGACACUAAGUAGAGUCGACUCUUAAAAGAAAGAGUUGAUUCCCGUUUUUAAUAAUUGACUCUAAGAAUGUAAAUUCGACUCUCUAGCCUUCAAGAGUUGACCAUAGAUGAUCAAUAUUUGACUCCCAAAUUCCAGAGAGUUGAGAAAGUUCUGGGUGCUGGGUAUAGUUGAUUCUUUUA